AUGAAACCCAAGCGCAACAAAAGGAGAUCUAUUAGAGCUUGUCAGAGCUGCCGCAAGUCAAAAACCAAGUGCGUAAUCCUCGACAACAGCGAUAGGUGCAGGAAUUGUGUAAUCAAGAAUUACCAAUGCGUUGGCAUUGAAGAAGAUCGUCCUACUCGAGGCGCUGAUAAGAAACCAAGGAAAGCUUACAAACCACACGGAAUCUCCCCAGACAGCGAAGACGAUGCUCACGAAAGGCCGCGAUCAUCCAGGCGAUCAAAGCAGAGUGCCUCGAAUCACACCCCAGCCAGCAGCGCUUCUUCAUCUUCCUCCAAUCAGCUCGUUCGACAUCACAGCAGCGACAACGAGAGCGAUGAGUAUAUUCCACAACUUUCUCCAUCUGAAAGGAAAUUUAAAAUUCCUGAUACUGCCCUUCUCAAUAAGCCCUUUGACAUAACGAGUUUACCCGAAUUCGCAACACAUCAGUCAAGCAAGACUUCCAUCCUCAAGACACCCUCGACAGACUACCAGCAGUACUCGUUUUGGCCGACUCUGUUUUCUGAGACUGGCGGGAGCUUGAAAGGUCUUAUAGCAGAGAUCUGGAAGGUGUUUAGCAAAUCCGAUUUGAUCGCUGUGCUGUUCCACCUUCCCUCACUCUACAAGAAGCUCAAUAUACCCUCAAAGAGGGCAAGCCUAGAGCCGUCACUGAUAUGCGCACUUUUGGCAGUGUCUUAUUCGGUUCAGGGAGCGUCUGACAGAGCUGACUCGGGUAUACUUAAGGGCAAAGCGGCAUACUACGCAGACAGUGCUCACACAUAUUUAAUUACAGCUGUCAACGCAUCCAAAUUCUCCCUGGGUAUCGCACAGGCCGCUGUAUGCCUCCACUACUAUGAAUUCCUCCCCAAUGAGACUUUUAGCACUCAAAAACUAGGCUCAGCGAUUAUAAUAGCCGAUAUUGUUAUCAGCAAGCUUGCUCUCACUUCGAUAGAUGCUCAUCAAGUGAGUUGGGUGUUUGACGACGACGGUAUCCCCGUUAGGACAGUAGAUGUCGGUAGCGACGACACAGACAUACAUACAUACGUUCAACAGGCUGGGUGUCUAUGCGACAUCAUCCGAGAAUCUAAUGAAAACACUCAAGAUCGACCGGGCGGUUUUGUUUUACGGGUCAUUACGCGCUUCUCUGGCAACGACGCAUCGGACGAGGAGAUAGAGAAGGAGGAGGUGCGACGGACAGUGUGGGCAUCGCUGAGCCAAGCAUGGAAACAAACUCUUUUCCAUCCCGUCAUGCCCCUGCACAUAGCAGACAGCUCAAAUUACGGCAUCUUCCUCUCUUCCGAGAAAUGGAUAUCGAAACUUCCGAGUCCACACGAGAGGACAUGGUCUAGGAGGACUGUGCCGGCUCUGCUGGAGAGAGUGAAACUUCUUUGCCUGGGGGCUAUCAGAUUGCGCGCUCAGCCGCUAGAAUUCCAUGCGAGAGCUACCAAGAUUAUACUGGCAGCUGAGACCAUCGAGAUGGAAUUGUUCAAACACACGUGUAGAAAUAUUAUUCCGAUCUGGCAGAUAAGAAAUAUUGCCUUCAUGAUACGGCUGAUUUUAACGGCAAAACUACAGGCCAUGACGAAGAAGUUCAUCGGCCCAAAAAGUUACUUUACUAGGAAGCAGGUGAUAGCUUGGCUUAAGGGUCACGAACUACUUUACAAUAACCAUCUCCGUGCCAUUUUGAAGGAGACACCAGUUAUUUUUGGCGCCUUGAGCGUGCAGGCCCUGCGUUGCUUGGAUAUCUUCGAACUCGACAGAGAUGUAGUCGGUGCGUUGCGCAUCUCUGGAUCAAUGACUGAUGCCGUCCAGUCAAUUCUCUACUUCCACCCAUGCCAGUCAACAGAAAUAGAAGCGCUAUUGCGAAAGCUGCGGCUUAUCAAUUUCGAAGACGAAUGCAUUCGUCAGAGCAAUAAACCACAGCAUCCUGAGCCACCCCCGCCCACCUUCGACGAUCUCACUUGGUGCAUAGCUCAGCUAAAUAUAACAAAUGACAAAUAG